CGUGACGUCUGGACGAGAGGACGCGGGUCUCCCCGAGAGUGCGCAGUAGGGUCGGUCGGUCGGUCGGUCGGCUGGCUGUGAGCAGUCAGACUAGGCCCGAGCCUGGAAGCGACGCGGAAAUGGGGGCGGCGGCCGCCGAGGCCGACCGCACUCUGUUCGUGGGCAACCUGGAGACGAAGGUGACGGAGGAGCUCCUCUUCGAGCUGUUCCACCAGGCUGGGCCAGUAAUAAAGGUGAAAAUCCCAAAAGAUAAAGAUGGCAAACUGAAACAGUUUGCAUUUGUGAAUUUCAAACACGAAGUGUCCGUUCCUUACGCCAUGAAUCUUCUCAAUGGAAUCAAACUUUUCGGGAGGCCUAUCAAAAUUCAGUUUAGAUCAGGAAGUAGUCACGCCUCUCAGGAUGCCAGUGUGUCAUAUCCCCAGCAUCAUGUUGGAAAUUUAAGCCCCACCUCCACAUCUCCUAACAGCUAUGAAAGGACAGUGGGUAACGUAACUCCAUCAGCACAGAUGGUUCAGAGGUCCUUCUCUUCUCCAGAAGAUUAUCAGCGGCAAGCAGUAAUGAACAAUGUUUUCAGACAGAUGUCAUAUUUUGGUUCUCCACAUGCAGAUCAGUCGGGAUUUUCGCCAUCAGGUCAAUCACACGCUCAUACCUUUAACCAGUCUUCCAGCUCCCAGUGGCGCCAAGAUGCACUGUCAUUACAGCGUAAAAGACAGAAUUCUCACCCCUACCUAGGAGAUAGACACUAUAGCCGUGAGCAGCGUUACUCCGAUCAUGGGUCUGACUAUCAUUACAGAGGAGGCCGAGAGGAUUUCUACUAUGACGACAGGAAUCAUAAUGGCUGGAGCCAUGACUAUGAUAACAGAAGAGACAGUAGUAGAGGUGGGAAAUGGCCCUCAUCUCGACACUAACAAGCAUUCCAAGGACAUUGUUUACAGGGCCAUUUUAGGCCCUUUUAAUUAAGUCAUUCUGGAAGUAUUUCUAAAAACUGUACGGAGUAGCCCCACAAUUCUCCACCUGUCUUUGAAAAAAAAAAAAUUUUGAACCCAGCAGCAGUUUCAUAGAGAACUGGGAACCGUGGCUCCACAUUUGUUACUUCAGUUACCUUCCCUCGGGGUUUCAGAAGAGGAAGGCUUUUAUACAAGAGAGUGGGCCACCAUUCCAGUCAUUUCAGCCGAGGAAAGAUGAACUGUAUAGAUUGGUUGAUUAUAAAGCAAAUAUUUCAGUUAUCUCACCCUUUUGUGUUGCAGGAAAUUUCUUGGUAAUGAAAUCAUUUUGCUGUAUAUAGUAGGAAACAUCCAAGUUGGUAGUCUGAAAUGGCUAUCUGCAUUUUAUUAAUAAAUGAGAAAAUAGGACUUCUCAGUGAUCGUUUUAUUAACAGUUUAUUUAAAACAGUUUAUUGGUUUUGUUUGGGAAUAAAUCAUAUUUUCUAACUCAGAAUUUAAGUACAAAUUCUGUGGUAUGCUCUUGAAUUUUAUCACAAUUAAACAUACAUUAUAAAUCUAUACUAGUUCAUUCUAAGAACUUUAAAAUUGUCUCAUUAAAUUAUAUUUGAUGUAUGACUAGUCACUCAGGAAGUUAAAUAUCUACAUGUAUAUUUUUACAUAAAAAGACAGUGUUGAUGAAAAUUCUUAGAGGAACAACAAGUUAAUACAUAGAUAAAAUGGCAAAAUGUGGGAUUAUAAUUUUGGAAUUUUGUUUAACAAAACUUUCAUGUUUCAAGAUCCUGUUGCUCAUUCACUGCAAGUCAUUUUUACGAAUUUAUCUGUGAGAAAUGUGGAUCCUCUUUAUACCACAGCAUUUAUACUAUGUUCCUUUUUUAAUAUAUUAAAUACAUAAAAAGAGAACGUGUCUCUUUAUUUUGGCAUCACUGACGUCAGAGGCUAUCCAGUAAGUUAGCAGUGUGCUUUGAAUCAUGUCGGUUCACACUUCGGUUGGUAAAGAUUGUCCAUCUUGCAGCAUCUUCUGUAGAUUUGCUUUGAUGCCUGGCUAGACUUUUAUUACUUGGAUUGUGGUGUAGAGCACUGUGAGCAUGAGUUCCUUUGUCUGCUUUCUACACCCAGAUGUUGUGAUGUCCAGGCUCUGUGUCCUCACUUGGCAUAGGUUAAGGUUUUGUUUGUUUGUUUAAAGAAAUGGUUUGCUUAAGCAUUUUAUUUCCAAUAAGCCUGAUAUCUCUAAGUCUCUCCAUGGAAACUUUAUACUUUAUUGCACUUUAGCUGGGACUGUCAUGUCAGUCCACAGGUCACCAGAAAUAGUCUCGGCUUAACGGCUUUUGGGGGCAAGCCUUGGGAGAGCCAGUGACUGUUUCCCUUCAGUUUGACCCAGUUGAACCAGUAAACUAAAUAUCUGUACUUUGUAAACAGUCAGUUCGAGAUAGCCUCAGAAAUCAAUAUAGACAACAGUUGAAAGCUCCAUUACUAUAACCUAGGAACCUCUCCUUUAUAACAAAUUAAUAAUACUUUAUGUCUAGGGUGUACCCUAAAAUCUUAGGAGUGGGGUAUUGGUGUCAGUAUUCUUAAAAAUAAUGUGUAGCAGAGUCGGGGAAACUAAGCCAUAGCGUUCCUGUUUAAUUCCCGGUGGUUUUUUUUUUUUUUAAGUCAAUGGAUGGUCUGUAUCUUUCACAAUAAAAUUAGCAUAGCAGAACUAAGUGAUGUAGAAGGAGAGAUUUAUUGUAGGGAUGCAAACUAACACAGUUUUGAUUUCGGAUGUACUAAUGUGCUGGCCAACAGUUUGGUGUUGGGUCUGAAGUCACCAUGGGUCAGUCAGACUGUUAGUUGAUUGACAACUGAAGAGCAGCACUGACCAGGAAGGAACUGGAAAAGGCUAAGAACUAACUUGAGCUUCCCUCUGUCUCAUUCUUAGCUACAGAAUUAUCUCUGCAGUUCUUUGCCCCAUGUAAUAGGAGCUAGAAAAUCAAAGACUUAACUGCCCAUGCAGAGCUAAGCCAAUCAGUAAGCGAUGCAUAAAGUGCCACAAUGCCCAUUAUCCUGCAGUAUCUUCUAGAUUCUAAGCCAUGCCUGCUGCUGCUUCCCUGUUAUUUUAGUUACCUUUUUUGUAGCUGUGGCAAAAUGACAGAAAUGGAGGAGGAAUUGUGUGUGUGUGUGUGUGUACAUUUCUAGAGAAAUUUUCAUAUGCCAUAGAAUAGAAGGCAUAGCCAAUCAGGCAACUUGUUAUUUUUUGUUGGUCUGUAGGAGGCAUGGUAGAAUGGGUCCAUAGCAGUAGAAGUAUAUGGCAGCUCCUUGUUCACUUCAUGACCAUAGGGCCAAGAAGUAACUCAUUUAGGAGAAAACAUAGGAACCACACUUCUUUUCUCUCAGCAAGGGCACUCUGAGGACUGCUGCUUUGGGGUCCCUACCCUACCUGGCCAUUUUCUAUCUCCUGUUCUCUAGACGGUUCUGUUUGGUCAACAUAGAUAUUCUAAGAGUAACUUCCUAGAGUUGAGCCAAAGUUCUAGUAAAGACUCAGUGUUCUUGAGACCACCCUCAAUUCAGAUAGGAGCUGGGAGAGCACAAACUCCCAGGCCACCCAUAGGUCUGACCAAUUGGCUACAAAGUUUAGGGGUUUCCAUUAUACCUUAAGUGUUGAUAGUUUACAACAAAGACUCACCGGGACUUCAGGAAAGAACUAUACACAAUGAUACAGUUUUGCUAUAGCAGAAAGGAGAAAAUGAAAGCUAGUCCCAAAAGGAGAUGUACAGGAAAAGAACAGGGAAGUUCUCAGAAGCAAAGUUUCCAUGUUUUCUCCCCUCAGCCUCAGGUUGGAUCACCUUCCUAGCAAAGCAAAGCAUCAUGGUUGGCCAGGAAACAUCUGAACUUUACUCUUUAACAACUGUCAUCUCUCUAGCCCGUACCCUAUUAUGAAAAUACUAGAAAUGGGCUGUGGUGGCGCACGCCUUUAGUCCCAGCACUCUGGGGGGCAGAGGCAGGCAGACCUCUGUGAGUUUGAGGCCAGCCUGGGCUACAGAGUGAAUUCCAGGAAAGGCUCCAAAGCUACACAGAGAAACCCUGUCGAGAAAGAGAGAGAGAGAGAGAGAGAGAGAGAGAGAGAGAGAGAGAGAGAGAGAGAGAGAGAGAGAGAGAGAGAGAGAACACCUGGGUUAGGGAGUUGACAGGGAAAAGGAAGAUACUGCUUAAAGGAUAUUCUGUAAUUUUGUUCCCCAUUGCUGUGAUAAGAUACUUGGACAAAAGUAACUUCAAGGAGAAAGGUUUUAUUUUAGCUUACAGUUCCAGGUUACAGUUCAUCAUUGUAAAGAAGUCAGGGCAGCAAGAACUUGGAGCAGUCAUGUUAUAUUCACAGUUAAGAGCAGGGAGCCAUGAAUUAAUGCAUUUCUCUGCUCUUAUACAGACCAGAAUUUCUUGCCACAGUGGGCAGAUCUUUCCACUUCAUGUAAUCAAGAUAAUCUACUAAAAACAUGUCCGUGGUGUAGGUUAUUUUAAGGUGUGUUACUUUUGUUUACGUUGCAUUUGUUUAACUCUGUGAAACUGUGUUACUUUGCCUGUCUAAAACACCUGAUGGUCUAAUAAAGCACUGAAUAGUCAAUAGUGAGUCAGGAGAAAGGAGAAAGGGGCUGGCAGGCAGAGAGAAUAUAUAGAGGGAGAAAACUGGAAAAAGAUUCAAGAAGUAACCAGAGAAGGAGGAAGACAUCAGGGGCCAGCUACACAAAAGCCAUGGAGUAAGAAAUAAUGAAAGGCAUACAGAAAUGGAGAUAGGUAAAAGCCCAAAGGCAAAAGGUGGGAUAAUUUAAGAAAAGCUGGCUAGAAACAAGUCAAGCUAAGGCCCGGCAUUCAUAAUUAAGACUAAACCUCCGUAUAUGAUUUAUUUGGGAGCUGGGUGGUGGGCCCCCAAAAGAGCAAAACCAAACAACACCAUCAUGGCAAAACCAAACACCACCACCAUGGGCUAUCCUGAUCUAGACAGUUCUUCAUUAAGAUUUUCUUCUGAGGUGGUGCACGCCUUUAAUCCCAGCACUGGGAGGCAGAGGCAGAUGGAUCCCAGUGAGUGUGAGGCCAGCCUGGUUCCAGGACAGCCAGGACUGUUAUACAGAGAAACCCUGUCUGGGAAACAAAACAAAACAAAACAAGAUUUCUUUCUGAGGUGAUUCUAGAUUGUGUCAAGUUGACAAAACUAAACAGCGGACUAGAGAGAUGGCAGUUAUUAGAGAGUAUGUGCUUCUCUUCCAGAGGACCAGAGUUUGGUUCUUAGCUCCUGACUGGGCAGCUCACAGCCAUCUGUAACUCCAGCGCCUGGGGAUUUGACAGCCUCUUCUGGCCUCUGUGGGUACCCACAUGCAUUUGGCACACACAUACA